AUGAAAUCACGUGAACAUUUGGAAGAAUUAGAAAUAGAGAAUGUUGAAUUAAAAAGAUUUUUUGAAAAUCUUGCCCAAACAGGAAAUGAAAAAGAACGUAGAAUGACAGAAGAAGCACGCCGUCUUUUAUAUUUAGCUAUUAGAGAAGGAAAACUUGAAAGGCGUGUUAAAAUCAGUGCACGUUUGAGACAGGCAAUGUGUGAAGAAUUAUCUCAAAUGCGUAACAGGCUUUGUAGAUUGCUUACUGGCGAGGAAUCACGUAGUCGUCAGUUAGCCUUUGAGAAUGAAGCAAAAAUAUUUGAAUUAGCUCGGCUUCAAGUAUGUUUUUUCCAGUGUUUUUAA